CAACUAAUGUAAGCGGCGGAGCAGGGCGGGGCGCUGCGCAUGCGCGCUGGAAAAUCUCCGCCGUGCAAAUCUCUGCUCGUCGGCGAAGCGUUCGGUUGGAGUCGGAGUCGCGUUGUCGCAGAGCUGGUCGGAGGGAGAAAGGGGGAAUAAGGGCUGGCAGCGGAACUGAAGGGGCUCGUUUCUAUCCUUUCACCUGUUUAUUAACCGCGAGCGCGUCUGUGAGAGACCCCGCGUUUGGGCUCGUCCGUUAUUAUUCCUGCGUGUUUCCAGAGAAGCGGCGACGCUGAGCAUCAGCUCCUGCACGGCUAGCGGCGAACAAUACACCCGGAGCGACCGCCACCACCGCCGACAUGUCCGGAUACCAGGGCAAGAAGAACAUCCCCCGCAUCACCAGUGACCGUCUCCUCAUUAAGGGAGGGAAGAUUGUGAACGAUGACCAGUCCUUCCAUGCUGACAUCUAUAUGGAAGAUGGAGUCAUUAAGCAAAUCGGGGAGAACCUCAUCGUUCCUGGUGGGGUGAAAACCAUCGAUGCUCAUGGCAGGAUGCUGAUUCCUGGUGGCAUCGACGUUCACACCCGCUUCCAAAUGCCUGAUCGGGGCAUGACGGCCGCUGAUGACUUUUACCAGGGCACUCGCGCCGCUCUAGCUGGAGGCACCACUAUGAUCAUUGACCAUGUGGUGCCAGAGCCUGGAGUUAGCCUCAUAUCAGCCUUUAACCAGUGGAGGGAGUGGGCUGACAGCAAGUCGUGCUGUGAUUACUCUCUCCAUGUUGACCUCACCGAGUGGCAUGGGGGCAUACAGGAGGAGAUGGAGACCCUGGUGAAAGAUCAUGGUGUAAACUCUUUCCUGGUCUAUUUGGCUUAUAAGGAUGUUUUCCAGCUUAAUGAUUCCCAGAUGUACGAGGUGUUCAGCGUGAUCCGUGACCUGGGUGCCAUCGCACAAGUUCAUGCUGAGAAUGGUGACAUCAUUGCUGAGGAGCAGAAAAGGAUCCUAGAUCUUGGCAUCACUGGGCCAGAGGGACACGUCCUCAGUCGCCCAGAAGAGGUGGAGGCCGAGGCAGUCAAUCGCGCAGUAACGGUGGCCAAUCAAACCAACUGCCCCCUGUACGUCACCAAGGUGAUGAGCAAGAGUGCUGCUGAUGUCAUCGCUCAGGCCAGGAAAAAAGGCACCGUAGUGUACGGGGAGCCCAUCACUGCCAGCCUGGGCACGGACGGCACUCACUACUGGAGCAAAAACUGGGCCAAGGCUGCUGCUUAUGUCACAUCUCCACCUCUCAGCCCAGACCCCACCACCCCAGACUAUCUCAACUCCCUGCUCUCCUGUGGGGAUCUGCAGAUAACUGGCAGCUCUCACUGCACUUUCAACACCUCUCAGCGUGCCGUGGGCAAAGACAACUUCACCCUCAUUCCAGAGGGCACUAACGGCACUGAGGAGAGGAUGUCCAUCGUCUGGGACAAGUGUGUGGUGUCAGGUAAGAUGGAUGAGAAUCAGUUUGUGGCUGUGACCAGCACCAACGCAGCCAAGGUCUUCAACCUUUACCCUCGCAAGGGCCGCAUCGCUGUGGGCUCUGAUGCCGACCUGGUGCUGUGGGACCCUGAUGUGACCAAGAUUAUCUCUGCCAAGAGUCACAACCUGGCAGUGGAGUAUAAUAUCUUCGAGGGUGUGGAGGUGCGCGGGUCUCCCUUGGUGGUGAUCAGUCAGGGGAAGAUUGUACUGGAGGAUGGAAACCUCCACACCACUGAAGGCUCGGGCCGUUACAUCACCCGUAAGCCCUUCCCCGACUACGUCUACAAGAGGAUAAAGGCUCGCAGCAGGCUUGCUGAGCUCCGAGGGGUCCCGCGUGGUCUGUACGAUGGCCCAGUGUGUGAAGUCACUGUUACCCCUAAAGUAAUGACCCCUGUCACCUCCAACAAGGCCUCUCCAGCCAAACCCACUCCUCAGCCCGUCCGCAACCUGCACCAGUCUGGAUUCAGCCUGUCUGGAGCUCAAGUUGACGACAACAUUCCUCGCCGCACCACCCAGCGCAUCGUGGCGCCCCCGGGUGGCAGGGCCAACAUCACGAGCCUGGGUUAGAUUCUCAGCUCACCCAAACCUUACAGAUGGGGUGUCAGGGGGGUCAGGCAAACCAUGGGCAACAGCUCUGGUACCACUUUUACCAACCAGAACCCCACCAGGUCCCUGCAAGCACACCCAUCCGCUGCCCCAUAUUAUGCAUCGUCCAGCUCCCCCAUGCCACUCCUCACUCCUCACCCUCUUCAUCACUCCACUGUUCUCCUCCCAUUCAGGCUCGAUUCUGAAAAUUAUUAUUAAUAUUAAUGUUUCAUUUUCAGUUCAGUUCAGUUGAAAAGAAACACAGUCAUGGCAUUAAGUCUUUCAAGUAUUUCUCAGCACUCCUCCUCAAACAUGCAUAUUUUCAAUAUUUUUUGUAGGAAGAUUCAAGUGAAUCAAAAUGGAAUUUCUUCUUAUUUUCUUUCCUUAUUUAUUGUCAGAACAAGGGACACAAAUAAUGCAGGAAAAGAUUUGGAUCCUUUUGCUGAUUAUUAUACACAUGCAUUAUGCAUUUACAGUCAGUUUUUUCCGUCCAACACAUCAAAGCAUCAAUCAGCACAUCCUGUCCUGGUCUUUGGGAUUUUUUUUACUUUAGUUAGUUACUACAGUUAGCACUUCAGUUAGUUAGAUAUUAAUAUUUUACAGUCUUUUGUGUUUUUUUUACUGUGCUGCCAGAGCUCUUGCGAAACAUUCACUUCAGUCUUCCUCUUGCCUCACAUUUUUUGCACUUCUUUACCUGUGUUUCUUAAACCUUUUUUAAAGCAUCACUUAGUUUUAUUAUCUGAUAUAAAAUAAAAAAAAACAGUAAUGUAAUUUUACAUGGGAAAUAAGGUUCCUUCGCUGUGAAAGUCCUAAUUGCUAUUUUUUUGUGCAGUUUUAGGGUUAAACCAUUCACCACUGUUCUCACUGUUUUGUCACUGUGUGGGGUGUUGGGGGCUGAAGGGAGGGGGUCACCAUAGACACAGUUCAGUUCAUUGGGGACAAAUCUUGGCUGAAUGAAACGAGAAAACACGAAAAAAAGACAGAAUCCCUUUUUAGUGCUUUUGCCCCCUUUUACAGAUCCUCUCCUCUCCUCUACUCCCAACCCCCCCACUGCCCAUCAACACUUGGCACGGCUGAUUAUUGGACAUGACAGCCAUGCUGUGGGUGAGCAGUGCCCCCCCCUUGUCUACACCAGGUGCUAUUUGAUCAGCACUGCUGAUGUGGGAAUAGCUAAAGCCCGUCUGUCCCACAGUAUUAGAGCUUAUAUUGCUUUGACCACAACUGCUGUACCACUUUGUCGUCAACAGCCCCCCUCUACCCACAGGGGUGCGCUUGCUUAGUCAUCGCCAAACCCUGACCCCUCCUUUAACCAUCGCUAACAGGAUAAAUCCCCUCCACCCUGUCGUUAAUGUAGGGAUAUUUUUCACGUGGCUUCUGCAUCAAACAUAGUGAUCUCAGAAAAAUGAUUUUCGUCUGGCAUGUGUAGAAUUGAUCCUGUGGAGAUAAGGUGUUGAUUGAUUUGAGUUAUCUGUUUAAAAAAAAAAAAGAACUAAGAAUGUUUUUUUAUUAUUUUUAUUUUAUCUCUCAAACGCUGUUCGUUUUUAUUUAAUGUCACACUUGCCUGCCUGUUCGCUAGAUGAUACAGUUCUUGAUGAUGACUGUCUGUGAGUAUUGUUAUAAUGAGCUAAGCAUUUCUCAUGCAAAAAAAAGAAGAAGAAAAAAACAUGUACAGAACCCGUCCUCCCUCUGCCUCGUUUCGUCCAUUCUAAUGUUAUAAUGAAGAAGCAUUAGUGGUUGAAGGCACUGACUUCAGAUGUCAACGUUUCCAUGAUACCAGAGAUUCUAAUUAGUCUGAGCUAGCUGGAGUAUGUUCAAAAAAAGACUUAACACACCCAUGUCGACACUAGAUAUCCCUCACACACUCAGUGUUACGCAGUAUUGCCCCUUAUCUUUUUACACAGACGACCCUUUUACACACAUGGAUGGGGGAACAUGGGAAGUGUCACCCUAAGCAGUAACUCCGUCCCAUCUCUCCGGUUAACUACUCACACACACCUGUUUGUAUAUCAGUGCUAUAUGCUAAUAGUUGGGUGGAGCUGGGAUAAUUGGGUGCCAGUUCCACACAGCAAAACACUACACUCCUCCAACUUCCAUGCCUUGUCAUCUAAGGAUAUGAAUUUCUGCUAGUUGUAAUGUCUGUGGAUUUCAGAGGGGGAUGUAUUUUUUAGUGUCUUUUUUAUUUUAUUUUCAUUUUUAUGACUUGUCGUUGCCCUUUGCCAUCUAUUGUUGAAGGUAAAAAAUGUUGACGGUGUAUGUUUUGUAGGCUACUGGGAUCUGCAACUGGUUUCUCUCUUGGAAAGCGUUGCAUCUCAUAGGUGUUCAAUGAAAUGAUUUUAAGUAUUAAAAAAAUGGAACAAAUGAAACAAA